UGCGCACUAGUGGUUUGUGUGGCCAUUCCAAGACUAGUUCGUGAUACUGCACGUCGUACCGUUGGAGGAAAGUUAAUUUGAGGAAACAAGCUAUAGUAUAUUUAUUUUACCACAUCACGUGGUCAGGUUGGUGAAUAUUGGUAAAAGUAAUUGUUCUUAAGAAAAGAAAAACUUAUUAUAAGAAUUUUAAGCUGUAUUUAGCUGCUAAGUCACUCACGGAAAAAUGGCGUCAGUAGCGACGAGCCCACAAACGGGCUCCUCGCGAAGGAAGGGAGGGAAGCGACCGCCGACAGAAUCUACUAACGGCCCCAUUACCGAGAUGAAAACGGAAGCAUCAAAUCCAAAAAAAUUGAAGCCUGAAGAAGACACAACUUCAGUAAAAGUUAAGAAGGAAAUUGCAGAACCGACUCCAAAACAUAGCAAGAAAAAAGAAACGGGGACAACCAAUGAAGAGGAAAGUACUCAAGCAAACAAAGAGAAUCAGAGCAGUCGGAAUACACUUGUUUUUGAUUGGACAUCUGAGGAUCUUAGCCAGUUGAUUAACAACUUGACAAACUGCCUGCCAAAAACUGAUAAUGUCAGAUAUAACACACUGGUUGAGAAGCUGGAUUGGGAUAAGGUGUGCUUUGGCUCCUACACAGGUGUACAGUGUAAGGAAAAAUGGAUGCAGAUCAUGACAAGGUUGCGUCGCUAUAGAACACUUACUGACAUGGUUACUGAUGCAAAAGAGUGGGUAAAACAUCCAUGGUCAUCAUUUUCUACAUCCAAGAAACAGAAACAUCCUGAAAUGCCAAAAAAGCCACUGACUCCAUACUUCCGAUACUUUUUGGAGAAACGGGAGAAGUACAGCCAUGAACAUCCAGAAAUGUCUAUGACAGACCUUGCAAAGUUGUUGUCCAAAAAGUUUCAACAACUGCCAGAGAAGAAAAAAUUAAAAUACAAAGAAAGUUAUGAACGAGAAAAUGAAGUUUAUAAACAGGAUCUUGAAAAAUUCAAAAAAGAACAUCCAGAUGAGUUUCCACUGAAUGAAUCAAAACAUCACCCCUCUGGCCAUACAGGCCCAGAAAAACCCCAUACCCCAUUUAACCUAUUUCUUGCUGAUCGAACAAAAAGAAGUGAAUAUGCAGGACUUGAAAAGAAAGAUUCCUUAGAAAAAGCUCGGAAGCAGUGGAACGCUUUGUCAGAUGGCAAACGAAUUAAAUGGAUAAGAAAAGCAGUCCAGGAUGAACAGAGGUUUUCUGAAGAUAUAGCAGGAUACCUCCAGUCCCAUCCUGACUUCAAACCCAACCCUCUAAAAAAUGUCCUUAGUAAAGCAGAAAAAGAAUUAAAGGAUCGUUAUGAUGGAAAACCUGAACGUCCUCCAAAUUCAGGAUACAGCCUGUUUUCUCGAAUUAUGUUGCGGGAAAUAAAGGAUGUGCCAUCUAAAGAAAAGAUGGCAGAAAUAUCAAAACGUUGGAAGUUGCUCACUGAUGCUCAGAGAGAGUCCCACAACAAACAAGCUCGAAAGGCCAAUGCAAAGUACAAAGAAAAGUAUGCAGCAUACCUAAAUAGCUUAUCUGAAGAAGAAAGGCAGAGGGUGUUAUCGGAGAAUAAAACUCCUAAGAAGAAAAACCUAGAAGGCACACCAAAUGGUAACAUAGCUAAAGGAAAAACAGUGAAUGCAGUUGCUACUGUUGAUGAUAAAGAUGACAAACUGAAGAAACCAGAAACUCCUCUUGCUUUCUAUCAACAAGAAAAGUUGCAGUCAGCAAAGACCAAAAAUCCAGAAAUGUCAAAACAAGAUUUAUUGAAGCAAUUAACAAAAGAAUUUCAGGAACUUUCUGAAAAGAAAAAGGAGAAAUAUAAACGAAUGGCAGAAGAGGCCAAAAAACUCCCACCUGAGACAAAUGGAGUGAAAGGAAAGGAAGCUGGACAUGAACAACCUAUCUCAAAGAAAGGAUUGUUCAAAGGAGAACCUAAGAAACCUCCUCAGAGUGGGUAUGCAGUCUUUUCUUCGGAAAUGCUUAGCAUUCUGACAGAAGUGGACCCAAAAAAUAGAAUGGCAGAGAUUGCCAAGCGCUGGAAAGCAAUGUCUAAUGUAGAGAAGGAGAAGUACAAGAAGCGGUCACAAGAUUUAAUGAAAAAAUAUAAUAAGGAGCUUCAGAAAUUUUUGAAUGGCCUUACACCUGCAGAGCGAGAAGCAUAUGAUCAGGUGCGUUCUAAGAAGGGAAAAGCUGAUAAUAAAUAUGCACAGUUGUGUAAAACUGUAAAACCACAGCCACAGACUGGAAAGGAUAUUGCUACCAAAAAGGAAGAAAGUGAAUCCGAAAGUUCAGAUGAUGAUGAGGAAUCAUCAUCUGAGGAUGAUAAUGAUGAUGAUCAGGAGGAGCAGUCAGGAGAUUCUGAUGAUUCAGAUUCAGGAUCAGAAGAAUCAGGGAGUGAUUCUGACGAUGAUGAAGAUGACGAUGAUGAUUCAGAUGAAGAUGAAAAUGAUGGAGAAGCAAAGAAGGAAGGAAAUGAAGAUAGUAGUUCAGAAGAUAGUGACAGCGACAGUGAAAGUGGUAGUGGGACUAGUGAAGACAGUAGUGGAUCUGGAUCUGAAAGUGAGAAAGAGUGAAAUUCUGAAGAGUUGGAAAAACAAUGGCCAAAAAAAAAAUAUUUAGAUAUAUACUGACUUCUUGGACACUAAUUUGAAAGUGCCUUGGGCAACUUUAAAAUAAUACUGUAUCCAUUUUCACAUGAAGAUAAACCUAGAAUGUAUCUUAUUUCUGUUCUUCUCAUACAAUAGCCAUAGAAAAAAUUUCUUAGUUACCCUAGCAACUGGGUUCCUCCUAAAACAUUUUUUUACUGGAUAAAUCACCUGCAUAACAACUGAGAUUCAUUAAAUACACACACCAUUUAAACAGGUCUUUACCUUAUUAAAAACUGGAAUUCUUUCUAGAAAAACAUCCACAGAAUAGUAAUACACCCUAGGAAGUGGGUUUUAUGAAAGAAAAUUUCAUGGCUUGUAAGAUGCACAGUUAACAAGCUUCUUCAUAGAUACUGUCAGUUGAACAGCUAUAUACCUUAGCCACUGGGACUUCCUUGGAAAUAUUUGUGUAAAUGGUCAGUAUGGUAACUAAUGAAACAAGAUAUUUUCUAUACAAAAAUUACCUAAUCUGUAACCUACAGAAACAACUCUGAUUCUUCCUAGAAACUGUUAACUGAACACUAAAUUUUUCUUAUCAACCAGGAUUUUAUAGAAAUUAUCAAUUAAUCGGUUAUCUUAAUGUACAUCAUUCCAUGAUCUGUUCUUGAAAGUAUUAAAUAGACAGUUUUAGGAUUCUUGUAAAGGUAUCAAAAUAUAUAUAUAUAUAUAAAUUUACAUAGGGAAGGAAGAGCUUCCAUUGUUACUUAAACACUGAUACAGUACAGGAUGAUCUUAAAUCGAGGAGUGCUAGAACAUAGUAUGGUGAUUGCUUACACCCAGUAGAUAGCUGCAUACAGCAAGUUCCUUUCAUUUCAUUCUCAAAAAUAUUUCACAAGUAUGGACACAUUCAAUUACACUAGCCUGUUUCUCAUACCUUACCUCACUAAUUGUUCUAAUUUGAAACAAUACAAAAAAUGCUAGUUUUUACAGGACCUAUUACCUUUUAUGACUGUGGUCAUUCUUUGUAUUUCAGAUGUAUUUUUGCACGUUUAUACGGACGGCACAACUAUCCUUAUUAACAGAAUAUAUAUGUCUAUAGUUGUAAUUUUUUUGCAGACUGUUUCCCUUUGUAAUGUUAUUGAUAAGCAUCAUCUUAUCUUUAUUAAUAUCUGAUUUGGAUUUAAAAAAUAUUUGCUUGACUGGUUGUUACUCAAGCAGUUUUUAGAGUGAGUUAGAAAACAUAAGUAUACCCUACCCCCUGCCAUACACACACUGUUUACUGUGAUUGUAUGAUGUGACAAUGUACUGGAUGGACCAGAAUCAUGUUUUUUGGGGUUUUUUUCAUGUAUCGUCUUGUUUUAGCUUUAACAACUUUUCUUAUUUACUGCACUGCAAGUCUGUGAAUAUUCCUUGGCUAAAUCACUGCGUGCUAUCAAAAGUUCAACAUAUUUCAGGCAGUUGUGUGUGACCUUCACAGUAUAUUUAAUUUGCAAGUUAUUCAGCUCUUCUUGUGGUUGUUUUUGUACACAUAAUUUGUAUAGCUUUAGCUAAUAAGUUGAACCAGACUUGUUUUCCUGCAAGCUAUUGCAUUGUAUUUUGGAUUAUUUUGCCAUUUCUUAUAAAGUUGAUUAUAUAUGAAAUAACUGCAUCACUUUCAGUGUUGAACUGGACAUUGGCAUAUGAGUAAUGCAUUUGACCAAAGAUUAAUUUUCUUUAGGCACAAAUAUGUGGAGCAACAAGUAGGGUGGAAAAUAUUUCAGUCCACUUGAUUUGCUUAUAAAGAAGUUUACACAACAUAUUUGAGGCAAAUGUGUAAUAAGUUGAAGAUUCAUCCUUUUUUCUUUGCCUUGACUUUAUCUGCUCACAACAUAUUAUCCAUGUUAGUAAGAAAAAAUGCUUUUCUCUCUCUCUCUUUUUUUUUGCAUGAGCCAUAUAUGAAAAUGAAAGACAAACUCUUGAAUGUAUUAUUAUUCUAUGUUGUCAAUUUUCCUAUGUUUAAGUGGUUUUGAGCAUUUUCUAUCAGCAGUGUUUGUUGAUCAUACUGUUUUCUCAAGUCAUGUAUGAAGUCUUAGAAUGAUAAUUAAAAUAUAAAAAAUAGUA